AUGGCUCAUUUAAGAUUGAAACGUCCUCCAAAGCCUUCUAAACUUGGCUUCUCCCUACUGGUACUACAACAAGCAGUUGGUGCUCCCAAAGGUUGUAUCGCUGUCACUGGUAUUGGUAGUGCAGUAGCAAACAGCGCCAAAGGUCGACGUCGUCGCGACGUUCAAUGCGACAAAACAGACACUCCAGGUGUUGCUAUCAUCUUCGACGUCCUAUUAGAUUAUCCACAAAACUUAGCAUGCCAAUCAUUGACUUGUCAAGUUGAGCUAUUCAAUAAUCUCCAUGAAAAAUUCAAUAGUGUGACCGAUGUGACUAUUACAUCGGAUGAUGGAACCCCGUUACCUGUACAGCUGUGUCACAUUGAAUCCCAUACUGAUGGCACGAAUAGCAAUGCUCAGGGUUCCAGUGGUGUUGUUCUCCCUGUGUGCACAGGUGGCUGUCAAAAUGGUGGUACAUGUACAGCUCCUGAUACAUGUAUAUGCGCAACUGGUUGGAGUGGUGCAUCGUGUACAAUUGGUUAGUAGAAUUUAAAUUUGAAAUAUUUUUUACGAUUUCUUUUCUUGAACAUUGCGAUGUAAGCGAGGCUGUAUGAUAGACUUAGUCUAGGUGUAAGGCUGAGAGAUGAGGUCAUGGUGGCGGUCUGGGCCGAUUUUUUCGUAAUACUGUUUCGCUAAUCCUCGCGGCAUAUGUAGUCUAGGCAAUUCCACGCUCGCUGGCUCCGAUUUAGUCUGGCAGACAUCCUCACUCUUAUCUGUUUGGUUCUACUAAGAAAUUAUUAAUUGCGAUAAAUGAUUUAUUUUAACAUCUUAUUUAUUUAUUCAGUUCAAUAAGUAUUUUCUAUCACAGUUUA